UAAUGUUAGAAUUGGAAGUAUUGCAGAAUAAUAUAAAGAAGGACCCGGGGGCUAAUUUUGACAAUUUCUACCACAGAUAUAAUGAAUUCAUUUCAUUAUUUGAAAUUGUCAAAUUAACGCCGCAAAUUUAUAACUCAGACUUCAUCAAACUACUUGAUUUCAUCAUCAACACCAUUUCCUUCUACAAUAACGCCAAUAAUAACUCCAGUUAUGCCUCCGACAGUACCUCCAGUAGUACCUCCAGUAGUACUAAUGGUACUAAUGGUAUCUCCGGAGAUACUGUGGAUACUACGGGAAUGAGUGGAUUAUGUAUAAAUUUGAUAAACUAUGUGAAGGAGAAUAAGAAUAUAUUAAAUGAAAAGAUGAGAAAAUUGAUCAUAAACUCGACCUUCAAUCUGCGUACCAAACGCCAAAUCAACCUUCAAACGGUAAUAAUUGAGUGGUUGGAGUUGUUGGACCUGAAUGACCGUCAGCAGAGGAAAAAGUUAUUUAAUUUUAUCUUGAAAGAUUUAAUAAUUUUAAGUAAAUCAGCUGAUAAAUCAGCUGUAAAGGAGGUUGAAACUAUUUUAUUCAACAACGUCAAGAGCUCAAACUCGGCGGUGAUCCGCCUCUUAAGCUGCUCAAUAAUACUCGAAAUGUGCCGUCGAAGGAUCUGGAAUAAUUCUUACAUACUAAACUCAGUAGUCAACACAGUCACCGCUCCAAAACAACAAAACACUAAACUCCUCCUACUACUCACACACUUCCUCAUACAAUCCAAAAACUAUUAUGGAAUAGUAUUUGAGGAGGAGGAAGAUGAUUUAGGAGUUGGUUCAGGACCAAAUAACAUAAUUCUGGACCUGAAUGAGCCUUUUGAGCUUGUGACUAAUCUUUUACAACGUGUAAAUUCCAGCUACGGUAACUUGACUUACGCGAAUAAAAUCACAAUUUUAAAGCUUGUGGCAGCCGUAAUAUCCAAAUUUAAGCUCACGUAUCCGCAGUUCUACGAGCUCAUAAACAAGUACAUCAACCAUAAGCAACCGCACAUAACGAAGAUUCUUCUCGUUCUAAUCACCUCAACACAUGAACAACUGAGCUCACAGAUCCUCACACCAAUUAUUAACAACCUUUUACUCAACUUCGUCUCACACGAUCGCGAUGAAAAUGUCAUCAUCAUCGGAAUCACCACCAUCCGUGAGAUGUGUAGGAGAGUUGUGGAUUUGCUGAAGAGCGAGGAGUUGUUGAGUUACUUGUCAGAGUUCAAGCACAAGUCCAAAAACGUUAAUAUCAACAUCAAAAGCGCGCUAAAACUGUUUAAAGAGUUCAAAAGACACCCGAACCCCAAGCAAGAAAAUGGACCACACUCCCAGCAAGAUGGAGAUUCAUACACAGAUUCAGAUGAAAAAUCUGAUGAAAAUUCAGACGUAGAUGACACAGUAGAUGAGUCUGAUGAAAUAUUUGAGAGAAGAGACAGGAGAUUGGAGAAUAAGAUGAGUUUGAAGGAGGAGAAGAAGUUGAAGAAGAGGCUGGCGUUUAGUAAGAAUAACAAGCGGCAGAGCUUAACGAAUAAAAUAAAGCUCAGAAACAAGCCUCUGCUAAUGACACUGCAGAGCAGAAGAGUCAAACAGAAGCUAAACGCAAACAAUAAAAAAAUCAGUAAAAUUAAAAAAUACUUCAAAUCCAACAAAUGCCGCAGGCACUACUAAUUU